AGGAAGGAAACUGGGGCAGUGAGUCCGAGAUGCAGCCGAUGUACGACACAGAAAGGAGAAAUAGGGACAGCAAAGAAUAAACUGAAAAGGGACCCUUUCUCUCGAGUGGGUUGGGAUGGAUACCGAAUAAAAUAUUUCAAUGUUUGAGGGACUAACCAAUAUAACUGAUAGGAGGAAGAAUAAUUCCCAGGAAUUUUGGAGAAACUCGCAGGAGCUGCUGCCUCAUCAGUUUCAGCCUUUGGACUUUAAUAUUGGUGUUUGAACAAAGUUUCGACUGUCAAAUUGGAUAAUUUUCCCAGAUAAUAUUUCCAUUUCGCCAAUUACUUGAGGAAGAGAGAAAUUCAGUGUAACGAAGGAGUUUCCUAUUCAACUCUCGGGAAUCCAUUUCCGGUCCAGUUUCUGAGACAAUGGGCUUCAGUUCUGAUCUCUGGUGUCCCCAGGGACACACCAUGCUACUCCGAUUACAGGAUUCAGAGGUCCGGUUGAUGGAGACCAUGAAGAAAUGGAUGAACUAUCGAGUGAGGAGUGACAAGGAAUACUCAGGGUUACUUCAUCAAAUGUUCUCUCAAGUCGAGAAACAAGAGAGUAGCCAGCAGGCUGGAGGACUUGAUUACAUCAGUCAGGUCAACAAGUCCUGGUCAAUGAUUGUUAAUCAGACUGAGGUUUUGAGCCGACUGAUGCGGAAACAUUCAGAGGAUCUGAACUCUGGGCCAAUUAACAAACUAACACUUUUAAUCCGUGAUAAACAACUGCUGAAGAAGAACUACAGUGAACAGUGGCAGCAGAUUAACCAGGAGGUGAUCAAGAAUACACAGAGCGAAAUUGAGAAGCUGAAGUCACAGUAUCGGCAACAAGCCAAAGAGAUGAAUGCAGCAAAGCGGAAGUUCCAGGAGGCCAGUAAAGACAAAGACCGGGACAGAAUGAGGGACAAAUAUGUCAAAACCACUAUGAAGAUGCACCUACUCCACAAUCAGUACAUACUUGCUCUCAGAUCUGCAGAGGCCCACCAUCAGCACUAUUACCACCAGGGUUUGCCAGGACUGCUCAACAGUCUGCAAGAACUGCAUGAAGAGAUGGUUUACAUUCUGAAAGAAAUUUUGCUGGAAUAUCAGGAGAUCAGCAGCCUGAUCCAGGAGGAAGUGGUGACUGUUCAUCGGGAGAUCAGUGAUGCCAUUGACGCCAUCGACCCACGCAAAGAAUAUGAGAGCUUCAUUGAGCAAAACAGGUCUGUGGCUGAGGUCCCACCGCUUGCCAGCUUUGACACUAGCCUCCUUGAGGACUUGGACAAUUUGCAGGUGGGAGAGUUGGAGCUCAACGAUUUGACCAUUGAAUCAAUGCAACACAAUCUAACAUCUCUGGAGGAAGAGUUGCAAUCUCUGAAAGAAACCAUUGAUAACCGACAGGCAACCAUCAGACAGAUCUCCACAGAAAUAACAGCGGAAGAGCAAUCAAGCGGCUGUAGAUCACGUGUUUACAUCUUCAGCAAGAAAUGUGCUUUGGAGGAGAGCAGACAACAGGUCCAGGUCCUUCUGUGCAACAAGGGGAGGCUGGAGGCACAGCGUCUGGUUCUGGUGCAGAAGCUGAAAGAGUUGGGAGAUAAGGAGCCUCCACCAGCACUGCAAUUGGAGGAGGACAGAUAUUCCAACUCCUCAGUUGGAAAAGAUAGUGUCAAAGCCUCAUCUUUGGAAGCCCUGAAGACACAUUUUUCAGGACUGUUCAAACCAAAGUUCAGUCUCCCUCCCCUCCUGCCAAUUGUACCAGCUGUUCAGAAGCCUCUGUGCCAGCAGACCUGGUAUCAUGGUGCUAUUCCCCGCAUGGAAACUCAGCAGCUCCUGAUCAAUGAGGGUGACUUCCUGGUGAGAGAGAGCCAGAACAAAGGAGAGUAUGUUCUGUCCGUGAUGUCUGCUGGACAGUGCCGCCAUUUUAUCAUUCAACAUGUAGAUUCCCAGUAUCGAUUUGAUGGUGAGAGCUUUCCCACAAUCCCUCUCCUCAUUGACAACCUUGUAAAAACGAAACAACCUGUCACCAAGAAAACUGGAGCUGUACUGAUCAAACCAAUUGUUAAGGAUAAAUGGGUACUGGACCAUGAAGAUGUCCUGAUAGGAGAUCGCAUCGGGCGAGGUAACUUUGGUGAGGUGUUCAGCGGGAGGAUGAGGAAUGACAAUACUCUGGUGGCUGUGAAGAUGUGCCGUGAAAAUCUGCCUGCUGAUCAGAAGAAUAAGUUCUUGAUGGAGGCCAGAAUCUUGAAACAGUAUGAUCAUCCGAACAUUGUCAGGCUGAUAGGAGUCUGUACUCAGAAACAGCCCAUUUAUAUCGUCAUGGAGCUGGUGCAAGGAGGGGAUUUCUUGACAUUUUUACGCAACGAAGCAAAUCAUUUUAGCACAAAAGACCUGAUAAAGAUGGCAGAGAAUGCUGCUGCUGGGAUGGCCUAUUUGGAAAGCAAGCAUUGUAUCCAUAGAGAUCUGGCAGCCAGGAACUGCUUGGUUUCAGAGAAAAAUGUUCUGAAAAUUAGUGAUUUUGGGAUGUCUCGUGAGGAAGAGGAUGGAGUAUACUCCUCGACUGGAGGAAUGAAACAAAUUCCAAUCAAGUGGACGGCACCUGAGGCUCUCAAUUAUGGACGGUUCACAACUGAGAGUGACAUCUGGAGUUAUGGGAUACUGCUAUGGGAGACAUUCAGUCUAGGUUCAACACCAUACCCAACCAUGACAAAUCAACAAACUCGAGAGGAGGUUGAACAAGGCUAUCGACUCAGUGCUCCUGAUUCUUGCCCAGAUGAGAUUUACAGUAUUAUGUGUCGCUGUUGGCAGUAUGAUCCAAAGAAGCGCCCAAAUUUCAGCACCAUUCACCAGGAGCUUGUGGCUCUCAGGAAAAAAUGGAAGUGAAACUGAAAACAAUUUCCUUUGUAAACCAUGUUCCAACUGCCCUCAGUGUAUCAACAUUAACAAGAUUAGGAGUAACACCAUAUGUUUAAUUUAUCACCUGAGGGAUGGCUAGCCUCGUUAGCUAUGCUCAAAACCAAAGAAUGAAUUAAUAAAUUAUUUCCACCAUGUUUUUUUUUAAUGUAGACCAUCCAAACACAAUCAACUUCUCACAGGGAAUGGAGAGAGACUAAUACUCCCUUUACGCUGAUCUGACACUGUUUCAGAUGAAAUGCCAAUGACACUGAACGUAGAACGUAACACAGGCCCUCUGGCCCUGAUGUUGCACCAACCUGUGAAACCAAUCUGAAGCCCAUCCAACCUAUACUAUUCCAUUAUCAUCCAUAUGUUUAUCCAAUGACCGUUUAAAUGCCCUUAAACUUGGCGAGUCUACUACUGCUGCAGGCAGGACAUUUCAUGCCCUUACUACUCUCUGAGUAAAGAACCUACCUUUGACAACUGUCCUACAUCUAUCACCCCUCAAUUUAAAGCUAUGUCCCCUCAUGCUAGCCAUCAUCAUACGAGGAAAAAGGCUCUCACUGCCCACACUAUCUAAUCCUCUGAUCAUCUUGUAUGUCUCUAUUAAGUCGCCUCUUGACCUUCUUCCCUCUAACGAAAACAGCCUCAAGUCCCUCAUCUUUUCUUCAUAAGACCUUUUCUCCAUGCCAGGCCACAUCCUGGUAAAUCUCCUCUGCACCCUUUCCAAUGCUUCCACAUCCUUCCUGUUAUGCGGCAAUCAGAGAUGUAUGCAUUACUCCAAGUGCGGCCGCACCCAGAGUUAUGUACAGCUGCAACAUGACGUCAUGGCUCCGAAACUCAAACCCUCUACCAAUAAAACGUAACACACGGUACACUUUCUGAACAACCCCAUCAACCUGGGUGGCAGCUUUCAGUGAUCUAUGUACAUGGACACCAAGAUCCCUCUGCUCAUCCGCACUACCAAGAAUCUUACUAUUGGCCGAGUCCUCUGUAUUCCUGUUACUCUUUCCAAAGUGAAUCACCUCACACUUAUCCACAUUAAACUCCAUUUGCCACCCCUCAGUCCAGCUGUGCAGCUUAUCUAUGUCCCUCUGUAACCUGCAACAUCCUUCUGCACUUUCCACAACUCUACCGACUUUAGUGUCAUCUGCAAAUUUGCUAACCCAUCCUUCUACGCCCUCAUCCAGGAUAUUUCUAAAAAUGACAAACAGCAGUGGCCCCAAAACAGACCCUUGCAGUACAUCACUAUUAACUGAACUCCAGGAUGAACAUUUCCCAUCAACCACCACCUUACAGCUUCUUACAACUACCCAAUUUCUGAUCCAAACCGUUAAGUCACCCUCAAUCCCAUGCCUCCAUAUUUUCUGCAAUAGCCUACCAUGGAGAACUUUAUCAAAAGCUUUACUAAAAUCCAUAUACACCACAUCAAGCGCUUUACCCUCAUCAUUUUCCCAACCUUCCAUCCCUAGUAGGAACUGGAAUGAGGCCACCUACACAUAAUUUACAAAAUGCUCCUAACAGACAAGGGGAAUUUUAAAAAAAUUCAUCAAAUGUGAGCUUUACUGGCUGGGCCAGCAAUGAAUGUUCAUCCCUAAUGGUGGUGGUGAGGCGCCUUCUUGAACCAUUGCAAUCUAUUUGGUUUAGGUAGCCAUACAAUGCUGUUAGGGAAGGAGUUCUAGGGUUUUGAAUUGGUGACUGAUGGAACAGCAGUAUAUUUCCAAGGAUGGCGAGUGGCUUGGAGGGAAACUCUUCCCCCCAACCCAUGUUCUAAUCGAAGGGAUCGUGGACUUAGCAGGAAAGAUUACUCAGUGUAUCCACCAACUGAUGUUGGAAUAAGACCACAAAGAUUCAGUCACCAAUAAGCUCUGUACAACAGUGUCUCUCAGGGUUAAAUUUAUUAAUGAUAGCAAAAGAAAUCUCUUCACCAAUGUUUCCAUUCCCCAGCACGAAGUCUGUACUACAAGAAGCAAUUGGAUAUAAAUAAAAAAGGAUUUCUUGUUACUUUGGAAAAAUUUUGAGUAUUAUGGUAAUUUUCUUCCCGUUGCUAACAUGGAAAAGGCCCAAGCAAAAUAGAAUCACAGAAUUGUUACAGCAUAGAAGAGGCUGUUCAGCCUAUCAUGUCGCCGCUGAUUUUCCAAAUGAGCAUUUCACUGAAUGCCAUUCUUAUGCUUCUCUGUUUAAUGUCCUCCCUCCUGCAAUUUUAUCGAAACUGCUUUUUCUACUCCUGACUGGGAGCUACAGGUAACAAUCCCAAUCUGUUACCUCAUCCUGAUUGGUCACAGGGCUUCACACUUAAAGGCUACUUAACUCAUCUACCCCACUGCCCCCAUUUAACAGCACUGAUAGUCAAUCGGAAUCACUGGGCUAAUGGUCAAACGGCUGAUCCAGAGACACAGUUUAUCACUGGCACAUAGGUGUGUGCACACACAAACACUCCCAUUGCUGUGUCACCUGUUGGACUGCAGUUUGAGCCUGGUUUACCAGCUCACACUUGUAAGCAGCUGAACCACUGUCCUUGGGAUAAUUAGUAGACCACCCUUGUUAAAAUGGGAAAGGUUUGCCAUUGCCUAACCUGGAUGCAGACAAUUCUAAUGUCUAUGCUAACUGAACUUGAAUUAUUUUGGAAUUAAUUAUCCCCAGUGUUUGAAGUCAAUCCUUUAAGGGAUGUUGAAACUAUGGCCUCAGACCAAUUGCCACCCUUCAACACUAGCAAACCAAUUCAGGCAGCUUUGUUAAAUUUGUGCUUGAACUAUUUGGAUUUUAAGGUGCUGUAGGUUUGAAAAGAUCAGUUCUUAAUACCAUUUAUCUCAUUGAUGUUAAAAUCGGAACAUAGGUCUGUUUGUAUCUAUUGGAGUUUUAUGGGAACAUGACUGAAACUUCGUGGCCUUCUAAUUAUUUUUGUUCUUUCGUGGGAUGUGACUUUACAUGUUGCUGGCUAGGCCAGCUUUUAUUGCUCAUCAGAAGGUGAUGGUGAGCCACCUCCUUGGAACUGCUGCAAUCGUGUGGUCUCUGGCAUGCUUUGUGUCAAUUUGGGAUAUGGUGACAGAAACCUCAACUGCCCCUGCCAUUAUAUUCUACUGUGAAAAUGCACCACAGAAAUAUCUAUCAAGUACUGCUGUUUUAAUGAAGCUUAAA